AUGGCGGAAAACUACGAUGUGGCAGUCGAUCCAGUGACGAUCGUCAUAAAGGAGUGUAUUACGCUGUCAACUGCGAUGCGCAAGUAUUCCAAGUACACAGCUCAGACCGGCGUGGCAGCUCUGUUGAGUGGCGGUAGUGAGAUCUUCAGCAACCAAGAUGAUUCACUUGCCGACACCUUCAAUAACCUGUCAACAAGCAAGAACAAAGACCCUUUACUCUCGGGAUUUGUUCAAUUGCGAUUGAUGCUGAACAGCUUGAGUUCGCUUGAGAAAAUUGACUCUCUAACGUUACUUCAACCAUUCCUGUUGGUUAUCAGUACGCCUUCUAUCUCAGGCUACAUCACAUCUUUGGCCUUAGAUUCGCUUCAAAAAUUCAUAACUUUUCGGAUUAUUGGUCCAAGCUCAUUGAAUCACACAAUUGCUUGUCGCGAAGCGGUGAAUGCAUUGACCCACUGCAGGUUCGAAGGUUCUGAGCAGACUAAUGACGAUUCUGUUUUGUUGAAAGUCCUCGUUCUGUUAGAAACCGUAAUACUAUCCGAAGAUAGCAAUAUUUUAUCGGACUCUAUCGUAUAUGAGGUCCUGCAAACUGUCAUGUCCUUGGCUUGUAAUAAAAAGAGAACUGAAGUUCUAAGAAAAGCUGCAGAAAUGUCAAUGAUGUCAAUCACUGUGAAAGUCUUCGGCAAGUUGCGAGGAAUUCAGGCCACUGACCUGCAAAAGUACAUUAACGACGAAGAUUUCUCUAAAAAUGUUCUGAAAGACGAUGUUAUUGGUACAUCUCAGGAUUCGCCUCCUGAAGAAGAUUUAAAGGACGCAGAGUCUUGUUCAAGCAGUAUAAGGACAGAUGUGAUUGAGAAAAGUACACGGCAGUUGGAAGAAAACUAUGGUCUUCCGGUGAUAAGAGACUACCUUGGAAUCUUGGUUUCUUUAAUCAUGCCAGAAAACCAAUUCAAACAUAACAACUCAACCAAAGUAUUUGGUCUCAACUUACUUAACACAGCAAUUGAGGUAUCUGGAAAUUUGUUUCCCAUUCAUCCUCGUCUUUUCAACCUUGUUUCCGACCCAAUCUUCAAGAAUGUUCUUUAUAUCAUUCAGAAUACCGAAAAGCUCUCACUUCUUCAGUCCGCGUUACAACUAUUCACUACGCUGGUUAUAAUCCUUGGCGAACAUCUGCAAAGACAGAUUGAGUUAACCUUUACAAGCAUUUUGGAAAUCUUGAAAACAAAUCGAGCAACGAAUCCCAAAGCACGUUCUUCAGCAGCAAAGGAGCUAAUUACCGAACAAAUUUCUAUUCUCUGGACAAGAACACCAUCUUUCUUCACAAGGAUGUUUAUGAACUUUGACUGUAACUUGAACAGGUCAGACCUAUCAACUACAGUUAUAGAGUCACUCACCAAAUUGGCGCUUCCUGAAUCCGCACUUACCACUGCAGACAGCGUACCCCCCAUUUGCCUGGAAGGCUUGAUUUCACUAGUUGAUAACAUGCAUGAUCGCAUAGAAGGAGAAGACCGUUCAUUGCUGUCCCAAAGCCCACCAAUAAAAGCUCUCAAGGAACGAGCAAAAAAGACCGAGUUCAUUAAAUGCACAGAAUCUUUCAAUGAGAAGCCUAAGAAGGGAAUUCCUCUUUUGAUCGAACACAAAUUCAUCGAAUCCGACUCAGAGACUGACAUUGCAAAAUUCCUCUUUGAAAAAAACGGGAGACUCAACAAAAAAUCUAUUGGCGAGCACUUGGCCAACCCCGACAAUAUUUCAUUGCUUAAGAAAUUCGUGAAUCUCUUUGAUUUCAAGGGUUUGCGUAUUGACGAAGCAUUGCGUAUAAUGCUUACAAAGUUUCGUUUACCAGGUGAAUCUCAGCAGAUAGAAAGAAUAGUUGAAACUUUCUCCGCAAAGUAUGUUGAGAGCCAGGAAUAUGACCCAGAAAAAGCCGGCUUAGAUAUAGAAAAUGACUACAGUACGGUACAGCCUGACGCAGACUCAGUUUUUAUCCUGAGUUAUUCUGUCAUUCUGUUGAACACAGAUCUACACAACCCCCUUGUGAAGAAACAUAUGACUUUUGAUGACUAUACUUACAACCUCAAAGGAUGUAACAAUCAGAAAGAUUUUCCAAUGUGGUACCUUGACAGAAUCUUCUGCUCCAUCCGUGAUAAGGAAAUUGUCAUGCCAGAAGAGCACCACGGCACGGACAAGUGGUUUGAUGAUGCUUGGAAUAAUCUGGUAUCAUCAACUACCGUAGUAACUCAGACAUCAGAUACUCUCGAUGAGGAGAGAGCGAGCCUUGACAAGUCAUGUCUUCUUCAAUUUGACAAAGAAAUAUUCAGCAUAGUUGGUUCAUCGAUAGUUCAAACUUUGUUUAAGAUAUUCGAAGUUGCUUCUGAUGACCACAUAAGCACAAGGAUGCUAACCAGCAUCGAUAAGUGCUCCCAUAUAGCAUGCUUUUUUGGGCAAAACAAGUUGUUCAACGACAUCAUCGAACAAAUUGCCAAAUCAACGCUAUUAACCAAGCAGAUCACAAACAACUCCUCGGAAAACCAAGAGUUGGAAGGCAUUCCCGUUGUUCAAAUCAACUUGGAAGAGUCGAAGGAAACCCUAACCGUGAGCAGUCUUUCAGUAAGGUUUGGCCGUAACUUUAAAAGCCAGUUAUGCACUGUUGUCCUCUUCCGCUUUCUACAGAAAAAUCAAAACUCUCAAAUUAUGAGCGAGACAGCGUGGUCGCUCAUAGUUGAGAUACUUCUGAACUUAUUUGAACAUGCCAUGAUCUCCCCAGAUAUAUUUCCUGAUCUUCAAAAUAAGCUGAGGAUCGGAAAUCUCCCCAAGCCAACUCCCGAAUAUUCUAUCAACAAGUCGAAAGUCAACAGAGGCCUUCUAUCAACUUUUGCUUCGUAUCUAAAGGGUGAUGAAGAGCCAACUGAGGAGGAGUUGAGCGCCUCAAUCAGUGCAAUGGAAUGUAUUCGGUCCAGUCAUAUUUCUUCGUCGAUUUUUGGUAACGAGAUAAAUGUCAUGAGCAUGCUAAUUUCCGUUCUUUUGAAUAGCAUUCCAAUGAAAAAAAAUGCUGAGAAUUUCAGAUAUUUUGAACCCGAAGUCCUGUUUUUGAUGGAACUGGCUUUGGCCUCCUAUUUGUUUUGUAAACAUGAUAAAGAAGUUGGAAAAGCUGUUUUGGCAAAGUUAUCUGAAAUUGGGUUGAUUGGUGGCUCCUUUAAAGGUUUCAAGCGUCGUAUAUUGGCCUACAAACUGCUUCUGGUUUCAGUUUUGGAAGAGCCGAAUGCAAUCACAAAGCUUAUAAAUGAAGAUCUCCUCGCAGAAAAUGAGAUUUACGAUCAAAAGUUUUUUGCUAGCGAUCAAGGCUCAGAAAUGCUGAGGAUGCUUCUUUCACUGACCGAGAUUGAAAACUAUAGUGCCGUAUUGUAUCAAAAUGAAGGCUUCUGGAAAGUCUUGCGUGCAUUCGCCUCUGCUGAAAGACAUACAUGUACUGUAUUUGAGUACCUAAAUGGAUCAAUAUUGAAAAAGGAAAACUCGAUCUCAAGUACAAACUUCCUCUGGGUUCUCGGGCUUCUUGACGAAAUUUCUUCCAUUGGAGCAAUUGGAAGUAAGUGGGAAGAAGAAUAUGAAAAGUCUUCAGAGAAUGGUCAGGCAAAGAAUCAGGAGAACCCUUACCAAGAAACUGUUGAGACAUCACUGAAAUCGAUCAAUGCUACCACCCACCUUAUCAAAUUGAAAAGGCGAGAUGUGUUGAGUAAAGCUGAAUUGGUUGGUCUCUUGCAAGCUCUCGGGCAUCAAUGUUUCAAUCCCUGUUACCAACUCAGAACUUAUGCCGUUGGGUCUUUGGAAUCUACAAUCCUUGAGAAUUUAGACACUUUUUCUGAUACUUUAACGAUAUCUGAAGUUGUUGAUAACGGAUUUCUGGUAAUGAUGGAAGGUGAAAAUAAACCUACGGCUAUUCCAGAAGUUUUGUCGCUCUUUUCCAAAGUUUACAUUCACUACCUCAAGUUAGGAAAAGCAGAAAAUGAUUCAUUUCUCAAAAUCCUCAACGUAUUCAAUAAAUACGUUGAGAAUCCGACAGUUGAGAAAAUAUUGCAGGAUCUUCUUGCAGAGAAAAAGCAGCGUGAACAGCCAACCGAGACUCAGUCAACUGAGGUACAGCUAAGUCAGACAAAGCCAACCGAGACACAGUCAACCGAGGCACUUAAUAAUGAUGAAAAGCCUUAA